UUAUAAACGCCCCCGGCGUGUAAUCGAUGCAUUACGGUAUGUAUUUUUGUUUGGUUGUUGUAAAAAUAAAUAUGUUUUGUUAACAUCCACGACCAAGUGUCUUUCUUCUAGAUCACUGUGGCAGAGGCAUCAUUUUCACCGACAAGACAAAAUAACGGUGUUUUAUACCUAUUUUUAGACAACCUUUUCAUGUAUUGUUAUAAAUCAUAGAAGUUAUUCUGAUUUUAAGUGUUAUAAUAUGGGCCUUUCAAGCUAUUUUUUAAUACCGAGCUGAUGUUUUAGUCAAAAGAAAGAAAAUAGUUUGGAAAAAUACAUACUACAAGGCAGUUUGUUGUCGGUCCUCCACUGUUUACAAUCUUUCGUGACUUUUUUCUUUUAUAAUUUCUGUGUUAUUCGUGUUGUGUCAAUUUAUUAUAACUGACUACAGAAGUGAAGAUUAUUUAUUUUCCUAAUUUAGUCAGGUUUUUAUGUAUUUUUAGUUCAAAAUGGUCAAUGAAAAUGAUCCAGUCAACAUCAUUCUCAUCACGUCAGGUAGUCGUGGUCAGCGGUUGUUGUUUCGUUAUCCAUUUCAAAAUCCGUCAGGUAACGCCCAUCAACCAUCACCAGUCAAGAAUUACGUGAUCACGGAAGAUUUGUCGGCAUCUUUUAACAAUCCUUACAAAUUAAUUGACAGUGAUGACACAGAGAAAUCAACUCAGAAUAAUUUCCUCCAAAACGGAGAGCUGUUCGGUUUCGAAGAUGCUUUACUAGCAAACAUGUUGGCGCCAAAACUCACCCUUUGUGAUGAUAAAUUCGAAUUAAAAAUAGAUCAUAUCAAAUUUGUGGGUUUCCCUGUGUUGGUUACACAUGACGACGAUAGCGGAUUCGAAGAUUGUUUGAUAACUGAUGAGAGCAGUUUGUUAGAGCACGUGAUGAUCAAAAUGGUACAUGUAGUACUGGUUGUCCACGGUAACACAAGUGCGCGAAUGAUCAAUCAUUACCAGAAUGUGAGUAAAAUGCUUGGGAAAGCGUUACGUCACGAAGAGAAAAGAUGCCGAUAUUUAAGCGCUCAAAGAGAAAUUAUGGUUUCUGAGCGAGACAACGCUGAAAAAUUGCCGGAAGACGAUCAAAACCCGCACGAGAUGAUUCUAAAGAAAUGUAAACUUGCCCAAGAUAUUGCUGCCAUAUUUGACUCGAUGUGCCAAACGGGGAUAGUAAAAAUUGCUGUAAACGGUUGGUUGAAUUUAAAUUAUUGUCUUCCUCAUAAAAUUCACAGAUUAAGCGGUAGCAAAACAAUGAUCAACGCGGAGAAGUUCAGUAAAUACAUCAACCGCAUAAAACCGUACCAUACUUUACUCCUUACGGACGAAGGUGAGCGAGAGCAAGAGAACUUGAUGAAACUGCUCCCCCAUGAUGCAUCACCAAUGUUGUUACGUUUGAUCAAACUUUCCAAUCAUAUCAAAAACUUUCAAACAUUAUGCCAGGACGCAGAUAUUUCCUUGCCUCAAAUAUUUCAAAUAGUGGCGCAUUUGGUGUACUGGGGCCGAUGUACAGUUAUAUAUCCACUGGCUGAAAGCAAUGUAUACGUCAUUUCCGAAAAUGCAUCCACUGAAAUCGAUAGCAAACAUGCGGAAGAGUUCGUCCGUUCUUUUCCAAAGCAAUCGUUGCAUAACAUUUUGGCGCGGUUUUCGUUUCCCACUACGUUGGGAGAAUAUAGAAAUCCAUUAUACAAUAGUCAGCAACAGUUAGAGCAAGCACAGAUUGUUACUUGGUUGCUAAAACGUCGGUUGUUGAAACAGCUUCACACAUAUGUCUGGAUCAUGCCAGAGGUCUCCACCGCAGAAGAAGGCAUGGAUGAAAGCUUUUUGUUCGAUGAAACAUUGAGCUUAAAGCCAAUCGAACGGAGAAUCUUUGAUAAGUUUUCGUACGCUGAGAAGAAGAGUUUGAUUAAAAUGCAGAACAUGGUAGACAAAGAAGAUUUAAGUUUCUUUUUGAACAUGUCGAAAUAUUUUCGUGGUGAUCACCAUUUGGAAGACAUCAUGUAUUAUGAAAACGUACCCCGCUCCAAACUUUUAAUUUUGAUCGACAAAUUCCGAACCAUGUUGAUAACUGUUCAACACGAAGACGCUGCUACAAGCAGAAUGGUGUGAAGUAUUUCAUUAUGAUUUUGUUUUCAUAAAUUACUUAUACCGCGAAUAUAAUCGGCGCUAACCCUUUUUAAAACACAUUCGCAUGUCGUUUCAGUUUGGUGUCACUUAGUCUUUAUUUGACAAAGAUCUCACUUAGCUUUAUAACCCUCGGCUACAUGGUGUAACGUCUCAGCAAUUAGCAAAAUAGCUAAUCAAUUGAAGUUGUUUUUUGUUCUAUUCCGAUCCGUUUUUGUUUUAAGUGGAAUUCCAGCUUAGCUUGUAAGCUUGAAUUGUAUUGUUGGUGUGUGUUUCCGAGAAUGUUACUUGUGUGUAUUUAAGUGACAGUAACGUCAGCAUAAUUUUUUAUCAAAUUUUAAUAUAUAUAAUGUAACGAUAAAAGUUAAUAUUUCAUCAGAUGGCGUUUUCUUAAUUAAGAGUUCUUCGAAAUACUAUUUCAAAAACUAUAUUUACCUGCUGUUUGAUAAAUAAUGCACAGUAUAUAAAGUUUCAAAUUUCACAAAUUUUUCAUUGUGUUGAAAAAUCUGUGUUUCUUUGAAUUUCCGCGCCCGAAGGCGUAGGAAAUUCUUUAAAACCGUCGUUUUUUUCUUUCGGAGCAUUUUUUGAGAAAAAAUCGACCCUGGGAUUUCACGUUCCUCCGUCACAGAUGUAAACUUCGUACCCAAGCUCCUUAACUACUGGGAAGUCUCGUAUUGACGUUUCAGGCCAAAAUUGGUAUUUGUUUUCGACAAAAUUUGGCACAGGUAACAAAUAAAGUAUGCUGAACAUGAUGGUGACAUCAAAAUUUUGAUUUCUUUUACCUAAAUGUCAUUUCAGACCAAAAUUGGUCCAAAAAUUAAAACUACUUUAUUUUUAACAAAAUUUGGCACAGUAAACAAAUAAAGAAUGCUGAACAUGAUGGUGAUAUAAAAAUUUUGAUUUCUUGUUACCUAAAUGUCAUUUUAGGCCAAAAUUGGUGCAAAAAUUAAAACUACUUUAUUUUUGACAAAUUUUGGCACAAUUAACAAAAAAGUAUGGUAAACAUGAUGGUGACAUCAAAAUUUUGGUUUUUUGCCACCUUAAAUGUCAUUUUAGGCCAAAAUUUGUCCAAAAAUUAAAACUACUUCAUUUUCAACAAAAAUUGGCAAAGUUAACAAAAAAAGUAUGCUGAACAUAAUGUUGACAUCAAAAUUUUGAUUUUGUCACCUAAAUGCCAUUUUAGGCCAAAAUUGGUCCAAAAAUUAAAACUGCUUUAUUUUCGACAAAAAUUGCCACAGUUAAUAAAAAAAGCAUGCUGAAAAUGAUGGUCACAUCAAAAUUUUGAUUUUUUGUCAACUAAUGCCGUUUAAGACCAUAAACGUUUCAAUCGCAAAACCUUCAACCAUGAGAUAGGCUGUAUUUUUUGUUAGCAAUUUCUUUCAAAAUGUGAGUUUAUUAUGACACGUUUCGUUUUGUUUGCGUUUGUUGUAAGAUAUAAUGUCACUGGUGUGCUUUAUCUUCCGAGGUUCAUGCACCAAACUCCUUCGAAUGUUUGGCACAAUAACACAACCAAUUAGCAGGUUUUCAUCAAAUAUUUUGGUAGCGCGCGGAAAUUCUUAGAGCCCCCAGGGCUUCUUGUUAUUGCUUCAUUUCUGAUUGGCAAGCUCAAGCUCAUAAAUUUUUACAGAUAGUAAAUGAUGAAUAUAUUUUGGUCCAAAUUCUCUGAAUAAUAAUACAAUUUUUUUUCUACAUAAGAAAAUUUGAAGCAACUGCCAUGUAGCAUCCAAGCCCUUAGUAAGUAAAUAAAAAAGAGCAAAAAAUAAUAUAGAUUUCCUGGAAAUUUUGUUCUAAAAGAGACAGAAAACGUUGCUCCAUUUCAAGUUUCGUUCGACAAACAUGAUUAAAACAGAUUUUGAUUUGAUUUUAAUAAACAAUUGGCCUAGUUGAACAAGCUAACAUGUGAAUUUGGACGUGCCUGUAAAGGAGAGGAACUUGAGCCACAAUUUAUUGUUGCUAACAUUGCAUAAAUGAUCUCUUGUUAUUUUAGUAUUUUUAGAAAAAUAUAUUCAUUUUUAGAAAAAUAUAUUCUUUGAGAUGUUUAUAUAUUUUUAUAGUGUUUUAUAUUCUUUCAGGAAACUUGAGAAAGUGAGAACUUAAAUUUUCAAUUUAACUGGCUGUUGCUAGGUGUCUAA